AUGGAUUUAAACAUGAUUGAAAUUUUUUUCAAAAUUGGGAGAUAUUUAGCCCUGACACCGACAACGACCCAUAAUUUAAAAGUAACCUUUUCGCAAAAAAUUUACACAAUUUUAGUGAUUACAUUUUUUACGGUUGGUGUCACUGCUGGGUUGCAAUACAGACUGGAGGAUUAUAUAAGUUGGCCUCCUAUGGUAGCAUUCUUAUUUAUUGUCACUGAUGUCACUCGGUACUUGCACAAUCUCUACAUUUUUAUUUUUGUUAUGAUUCUAAAACGAAAAUUGUGGUUUGUGUUAAUCGCAAAUUUGAAAAAAAUUAGUAUUGAACAAUCUCUGUUUUUUUAUUUUGCUGUUACGUAUUUUUGUUAUAUUUUAAUUUUUUCUUGUAUUUUUUUCGUCUUGUAUAACACUAUUGACUUGCACGAUUUCGUCCGUUUAUAUCUCGUUGAGUUUGUCCAGAUUUUUACUCAGUUUUUCUAUUUGUCCUUUGCUCAAAUUGUCCUCAAAAUGAUUCUUUUGCGGUACCAACACUUUAAAACCACACUUCACACUCAAAAAACUUUGCACCAAAUCAAAACCGACCAACUGCGAUUAAAACAAACCGUUGAUACGUUUUGUGAAAUUUUCGGUGGAACAAUUCUUUUGAAUAUUAUUUACAAUUCGUUGAAAAGUCUCAUUUAUCUCAACAAAUUAAUCAGGACCUCCUCCCAAAUUUCGUCUUCCACUUCCCCAAUUUUAAUUCUAAUGAAACUGACCCACAUUGCAAUUAUAGGCCUAUUUUGGGUUUUGAUUUUUUGGGCGAUUUUCUUAUGUGAUGCGAUUGUUAAUGAAAAUGAAGAAAUAAACAAACUGCUCCAAACUGACCCGAUUUUUCGCAAAAAUAAACAAUUUGAAAAAUUCCUGAAAACGGUACUAAUUAAUAAGCCAAAAUUUUCAGCAGCGAGGUUUUUCUCAAUUGAUAGAUCGACAAUUUUCCAAAUCAUGAAUUCGAUUGUGACGUUUUUAAUCGUUGUUAUUCAAAUCAAAAUAGAUUAA